AUGGCUUCUUCAGAGCGUUCAUUGCUUCCUAUUGAUAUAAUAGAAGAAAUAUUCUGUAGGAUUCCAAUCGAAUAUCUGACACAAUUCAAGUUAACGUGCAAACAAUGGCACGAUCUUUUGAAAGACAAAAGAUUCAUUUACAAAUACUUGGAUCUUGUUCAAGAAAGAUUCAUAAGAAUCGAUCAAACGGUUCAAAUAAUCGAUCCAGUGAGAGGAGCUCGCUCAUCUUCACCAAUACCAGACGAGUUUCACAAUAUAUCUGAGAUUUCGACCGUUGGUCAUUGCGAUGGAUUAUUGUUGUGUAGAUGCAAUGACACACGAUCAAGAGACUCCAAACUCGCAUUUUGGAAUCCGUUCUUGAAUGGAAUCAAAUGGAUCAAACCUAUGGAUUUUUACUUGACCAAUGAUUUCUACGGUAUAGGAUACGACAAUGUAUCUCGUGAUGGAUACAAAAUCUUACGGAUUUUCGAAGGAGAGCUUGAAGACGAUGAGAGAGAAAUGAUCGGUUCUUGUGAGCCAGUGAUUCAGAUAUAUGAUUUAAAAUCUGAUUCUUGGAGAGUUCUUGAUAAUGAUGCUACUUUGGAUUGGUGUAUAGAUCCACCUUGCAAAGGUGUGUCUGUGAAAGGAAACAUGUAUUGGGUUGCACAUUGGAUCAAGAAACCCGAAAUUUUCAUCCAAAGCUUUGAUUUCUCGACAGAAACAUUCAAACUCGUAUGCAAUCUCCCAUUCGAAUGCGGUGUCUUGGAUACAGCAGCUUUAUCGAGUUUUGGAGGAGAUAGUCUUUCUUUGUUACAUCAACGUGGAGAAACAACGAAGAUUGAAGUUUGGAUCACAAACAAACUAAACGAUGAGGUUGUCUCGUGGACCAAAUACUUGAACGUGGUUAAUCCUGAUCUCCCGGCAUUACAUACCGAUCAAGAUUUGGCUCAUCCAAGUUACUUUAUUGACAAGAACGGUAGUAUCAUGGUAUGGUGCGAAAAAGUGAUGAAAGAUGAAGCAGAUGAUUAUGUUCGCGUAAGUGUUUACGAGAUUAGUAAAGAUGGGAUUGUUAUUAAAAAAUUUGAGGGAGGACGUUGUGAUUUGCGUAGUGAUGGUAAGCCUUUUAUCUGCGGCUUUGUAUACGUUCCAAGUCUUGUUCCGGUUCCAGAAUAA